GGCGACGCCAUUGCCGGCGAAUUGACGAACACACCGGAAAGUUGUUCCAGGAGUCCGGCAUUCCUCGACAAGAGAUGUCAAUUGAUGGCAGUGUUCGCAGUGUCAUUGGUCCCAGUGAAAAAUAAGCCGUCAACGGCUCCUCCACGCUGGGACGCAGUGAGCCUCUGGUGACAUGGCAUCGCGAUGGCCAAAGAAAGACCUGAGACACGGCACAGCUCGGUCCCUUGCCCACUCGUUUGCGACCGGGGUUUUGGUGUUGGAGAGGGGCCAAAGCAAGCCGGUUGUCACCGAUUUUGCCUUCUCACCUGCUCACUGGUCAGCCCUCCACCCGUACCUGACGCUUAGCCCUAGCGCAGCUGAUUUCAACACCCAUCAGCCUUUGACAUUGCCAACACACCUUCUGGGCUCAGCAACUGGAGUUCCAAAUGCCGAGUGCGGUCCUGGGGAUGGGCCAGGACCAGAUGUGGAACCCUUGCGGGACGAGUCGAUGCCGCACGGGAUUGGCCAAACCUACACCGGACGCUAUGCUCAAAGUGCACAGGUGUCCCUCGCCUGCGAUGAUCGACCUAUGUCAGGGGCACCAGGACCGCAGCCAUCCAAGAGUGCAAAAGCUGCCGAGCACACGCUCCAUCCCGUCGUCAAAGCUUUGGUAUGUGCGUCGUUUCGAAGAAACGGUCCGAGUAAACGAAAUCACAGUGCGCGUCGUGCGAAUACUUCGUCCUGUGGUCUGCAUUUCUCUGCGAGGAAUGGCGGGGCUGUCAGGGGCACGUCGAGCAUCACGAUCACGGCUUAUCGAGGCUAAGUUCAGGCCCAAAUCGUGGCGUUCUCGCCAGCUCAUGGUGUGCUUAUGACCUCUGCAGCGAAGCCAAAACGACGUGGCGCCGCGAGCUGGAGUGGAGACCAGCGUGGGAGGUGGAGCAGCCCUGACCCAUGCACUGCAGGUUCAUCCUAGCGAGCGGUGGAGCUACCUAUCGCGGUC